CCCACGUGCGCGCAGAGCUCGCCAGCAAGCUAGCUCUUUUUUGUAUGCCUUGUGUCGCCGCACCGGCCGGGGCGCGCCCGGGGCCCGGCCCGUUGUACCAGCAGCACGUUCGUUUAGAAUGCACGCUCCAUACAUAUAGUACAUGCGCCGUAGCGACACAGUCCAUGCAGAAAAUAUCAGCCGCCCUGUACAUCUGGAAUGUUACACUUCACGAGACCAACCUCUCUCCCCCACGAUGCAUCGCAACUAUGGCUCCGGCUACGGUCAUCACGGCCCCCACAGUCACCAGCCCCACCACCACGGUGGUUCCCAUGGCAUGGGGAUGAACAUGGGUAUGGGGAUAGGUAUGGGCAUGGGUAUGCAAGGCAUGGGCAUGGGCAUGGGUAACAUGCAAGGUAUGGGCGGUCACCAGGGGAUGGGCGGGGCCGCGGCCAUGAACAGCUUCUUGAGCAAGUACCCGGCCGUGAGCAACUACACCAAUGACAUGUCGCCCGCGGCCAAGGCAGCACGCGUCUUUGUGGGGAACCUGAACACGUACACGAGGAAAGAGGACAGGAAGAACAUCAUGGAGCUGUUGAUGGAGACGUUCAUGAAGUAUGGACGUAUCAGGGCCAUAUCGAUCCACAGUGGAUUCGGCUUUGUACAGUUUGAGACCAGUGAACAGGCAAAGAAUGCCAUGAGAGGGGAGCAGGGAAAACUAAUCAAGAACCAACCACUAGAUCUGUACUUGGCGAGUGAUCCUGAUUUCAACAGACCAAAAGGCUUCAAAAAAGUUAACCAUGACUGUGGUUAUGUAGCCUAUGUUGAUCCCUCUACUCUGCCUACCAUUCCAGCGAAAGGGAUUCCAUCAAUGAAGAAGAGAUAUAGACUUACCAAGAGUGGUGAUGAACCCCAGGGUUGGGUGUGCGUAUUCUGCCAGCAUGAAGCCAUAACACCUUGGGAGCUGAUGAAACACGCCUCAGCCAUACAUCAAACACAGAUCUACGACAUGGGCGGCAACGUGGAACAACCCAAGACAUCGGAUCCACAACAAGAGGCCAUGCAAACACAGUCAGCUAUGAUGUAAACACAAUGGAAUGUCAGGUGACAAUGUCAUGUGACUUUAAAAAGACUCUGAUAGAGUGAAGCAUUAUACAGCUUUGAUGUGGAGCGGGAGAUCAUGUGAUCAAUACAAAGCUGGACAGGUCAGUCAUAGUGAGCUGUUUAUCUCCAGGUGUCGUCUUGGAUGGACCGAUGUGAUGGAGUACUGACCAUGAACUGUCUAUUUAUGGUAGUUGGUCUUCAUUGGAUGACCAUUGCUGACCCGCAUGUUCAUGGUGGUCAUUUUUUCGUUGAAAGUGACCAAAUUAUUUGAAAAUUUCAAUGUAUUGCAGCUAGAGUAUGGGUGUUUGGUCAUUAACGCACUGUGUAACAGUUCCCCGUAGUUGAUCAUACAAUAAUGUAGAUUCUCUUAGCAUAGGUGAUGUUUUACUAGUAGAGGUACUGACCUAAUACAAAAACGGACAUAAUGACUUUGCAAUGUUCUCGAAAUUUCACCCUGCAUUUAUUUUGUAUUCUCCAUAUUGCAAGUAGUUGAUAAUGUACUAACGGCUAAAUGUUCCAAUAGACUGUAGCACACUAGAUGUAGGGUAAAGGAGGUCAGGCAUUGUUAAGAUGCGAUGUAUUUAUGACAUGUAUCAUGUACUAGCAUCUCAGUCACACUGCCACACCUACCCCUAACCCUAAAUGAACUAAACUUGACUUGAUCUCAGCCAUUUGGGGGUUAUGUUCAGUGUUUUUGCUCCUUCUGGGCCCCGUCUUACAAAGAGAUGCGAUUGAUCCAAAUCAAUCGCAAGUCCUCUAAUCAAUCGCAAGUUUGCAAUCUCCUUUCCCUUAUGUACAUAGUUAUGAUUGAUAUCAAUCGCAAAUAAGUUGCAAUUAAUAUCAACUCUUUGUAAGACGGGGCCCCGAUGUCAGUUUUCGUGUUGGUUGUUUUGGCGCUUCUUGAUAAUAAGACUUGCUCAUACUGUAACACACAGGCCCUAGGCCUAAGGCAAUAUCAGUAUGCAUGCAUGCCUAUUAUAAAUACUGAUUCAGUGUUUCUUUUGUCACAGAACCAGUCUCACUCUUAUUGACAGUUGUGCUCACUUCUAUGUGCUCAAUAGAUCCAUUUGGUUCUAUUGCUUUCUAAUAUCAUGCUUCACAAGAGUAUCAUGAAAUGUGUGAAAAUUGAUAAUGCGCCAAUUUUUGUGGAAGAAGCACGAGAGAGAGUGGAUUUCGUUUCACAGUCAUUGUACUACUACAGUUAUACUUGACUUGAGAAUAUCAAAACAAAUUGGAAGAUUAUCCAAUCAGGAUUAUCAUAGUUUUUUCUCCUUCCAGAUACAGACUAACUGUUUGCAAUAUGGAAAAAUAUUCAUUGCAAUGAGCAUAGGUGAACCAUGUGAGCAAACCAUUGAUCACCCAUGUAAAACAUCAUCUUGAAAAAUAAGGUGAAUGCAUUCAAAAGGUAUUUUUAAUUUGGUAUUUGGAUGUGUAUUUCAAUUAGGGAAAUAUCAACUCAUAAAAUAGCAUUAAAUAGAAUUUCAUUUAAAUAUAUGCCAAAGUGUGAAUUAGUGAGUUUACUAUUUCUGAUGAAUGAUAGUUUCAUAAUGCAGAACUACUUAGCCGUGUUGGUAGAUUUUAUUUUCAACUAGUUGUCGCCUAUGAAAAUAAGGAAUGAUAAUUUGCAUUUAUUGGAAAAAUAGUGUGCUAAAGAAGCAUUAGGUAUUCUUAAAAUAAUCAAUUUUCUGCUGCAGCUUUUGUUAUGUCAUUAAAUGGUGCAAAUUAUCUCUUGAUAAACAAGACAUGUAAUGUUCACUGUUUGUUGGGGUCUAUUCUAGGUUGCAGGUUGCACAGUUCACACACAAUCUUCAGUCUUUCACUGGCCUGAGAUUUGAAUGUUAUCAGUCAAUUGACUCAAGUCGGAAGUACCAGGAUGCAUUAUUAUUUGUGUAUCAUGAUUAUUUUGAUAAUAAAAUUGUUUAGUAUUGAAAAUAAACAGAAAAUGGGCAG